GAUUUAGCGUCGAUCUGCUCGGGAAACAGUCGGCGUUUCAGUUCAAACCCACGUGUUUUCUCGGAUAGUAAAGGUGUAAAGGGUUAAAGAUCACCUCAGCAGCGGAUUCAGACUCAGCAGGCUUGCUCCCUGCUCUCAGUACUUGCAUCGCUCCGCGGGCAGCGCUGGCUCGAUAUUUCAACUCGCUGUGGAUUGUGGGAGUCGAGGACACUGCCCAGGCUUGUUACCGGAGACAUUUUAUCCUGUGCCCUGUUCUAGCCUGACACUGGUAGCGGUCUCAGCACCAUGUCCAGCCGAGGAGGAAAGAAGAAGUCGACCAAGACGUCCCGGUCCACCAAGGCCGGGGUCAUCUUCCCUGUGGGGCGCAUGCUGCGCUACAUCAAGAGAGGCCUGCCAAAAUAUCGCAUAGGGGUGGGAGCGCCCGUAUACCUAGCUGCUGUCCUUGAGUAUCUUACUGCUGAGAUCCUGGAGUUGGCAGGUAACGCAGCCAGAGACAACAAGAAGGGUCGCGUCACACCACGACACAUCCUGCUGGCCAUCGCCAAUGAUGAGGAGCUGAACCAGCUGCUGAAAGGUGUGACCAUCGCAGCAGGCGGAGUCCUGCCUAACAUCCAUCCAGAGCUGCUGGCCAAGAAGAGAGGAGCAAAAGGCAAACUUGAGACACCCGUUUCACCCGCCCCUGAGAAGAAACCCAAGGCAGUCAAGAAAACAGCGGCUAAGAAACUGAGCGGGAAAAAGGGAGGAGGGAAAGCAAAGAAGCAGGGUGAGGUGAGCAAGGCGGCGUCAGCAGACAGCACCACAGAAGGAUCUCCAGCCGAUAGCUUCACCGUGCUCUCCACCAAGAGCCUCUUCCUGGGUCAAAAGCUCAACCUUAUCCACAGCGAGGUCAGUAACUUGGCUGGCUUUGACGUGGAGGGGGUCAUCAACCCCACCAAUGCUGAACUUGAACUUAAAGAUGAUCUAGGCUCUGCUCUGGAAAAAAAAGGAGGGAAGGAUUUCACUGAGGCGCUGGCGGAGCUGAAGAAGAAAAACGGCCCUCUGGAGGUGGCUGGUGCUUUGUUAACCGCAGGCUUUGGUCUCCCUGCGAAGUAUGUGAUCCACUGUAACAGUCCAGGCUGGGGCUCCGACAAGUGUGAGGAGCUGCUGGACAAGACGGUGAAGAACUGCCUGGCUCUGGCCGACGAGAAGAAACUCAAGUCUGUGGCCUUCCCCUCCAUUGGUAGCGGAAGGAAUGGCUUCCCGAAGCAGACGGCAGCCCAGCUUAUCCUCAAGGCCAUAUCCAGCUACUUCGUGGCCACCAUGUCUUCCACCAUCAAGACCGUCUACUUUGUGCUGUUUGACAGCGAGAGCAUCGGGAUCUACGUGCAGGAAAUGGCCAAGCUGGAGACGAGCUAAAAGAGUUUGGAGUAUUCUCCUCCUUGUUCCGUUUUUUUUCCCCACCCUGUUUUUUCCUUCAAGGAAAUAGGAAGGUGAUUACUAGUGAUUUGUUAAAUAUGAAGAGAAGAAGAAUCUUUCUAAAGGCCGGGAACUUGUUUUUGCAUUAUGUUUGUAUUUUUCCUAUAUUGUUUUAAAUUUCUUAUUUACUUGUCUCCUCUGGCAUUUAAAUGUAAACGUGCACUGUUCAUUAUACAGUCUUUUAAUACAAACAGUGGCACACAAAACAGAUUCAACAGGUGAGAAGACUCACUUUAAAAUUUAGUUUUCAUUAUUAAAAAAAAAAAAGAUGUUGUGAGAGAUAGCUACACCUCAAUUACAUGGCUUCCAGAGAAGUCCGAUGAAUACGGGUUAAUGCAUGUAAUGGCAGUAAAGAUAAUAAAGACAGCUAUUCUCUUACUUUUGAGCUCAAAAACACAAGACACUUAAUUAUGUGUAUUUUUUGGUAUAAAUUCUGCGUUUUGGAACAUCUCUGUUGUUAAUAGUACUGUAUACUGAAAAGGUAAAGCAUAAAGGAAAGUUGAGUUUGCUCAGCUUUGGUUUUCAGGAGACUAAUGUAACAGAAUUAUGGAAUGAGAUUUUGUUUUUGUGUUGUGUGUUGCAUAUUCCUCUUUUUGCCUUUGUUUACACAGGCAAAAAAUGUUUUCUUAGUGUGCUGCAGAGACCUUAAAUUUCCAAAAAAAAAGAUAAUUGAAAAAAAAAAGAAUUGAAAUAUAAAUACUCAUGUUAUAUACUCCUGGUUCUAGUGCCUUGAGUUCAUACUGUAGACUGAAAACCUGCUGGUUGUCAUUUACAGUACAAAAAAAACUAUUUAUGACAUGAAAUGGUCAAAUUGGAGAAUGAAGGUUUUUGCAGGGCACUUGGUUUAUAUUGUGUGUUCCUAUCAGUGAUUAUAUAGAUGGAGUAUUUGUGAAAUGUUAUAGCAAAAUAUUGGACUGUAACAUAGAUUAGAUUUUUAUUUUCUAUUUUAAUUUCCACACUGAUUCUAAAAGGCUAUGGUGAUUUGAAAGAAAAAAAACUGUAAGAGGUUUUUUUUUAUUUUUUUUUUUUGUGCGUGUUUUGUCUUUGUUAAGCCAUAAAACUAAUGUACUCAUUUUUGGUGGAAGUAGAGGCUCUGCUGUUGGUUUUGGUUUCAUUCUCUUUCAUUCAGCUACCACUAGAUGGCUCCCUGUAAUCAAGAAUUGGAUUUCUCCGCUCAGCCAUUUUCUUUGCAGCAGCAGGCCUCCUCACACAGACACUGGUCGAUUUGAGUUGGAUUUGAAUUGAGAUUGACGGACAUAUACAAGGAACCCGACUGCUCUGCUGCAUUUGGAUUUUUCAACAGUCUAACUUUCUUAUGAAAAAAAAUGUAAAAUGCUUUCUAAAGAAUUACUACAAUUGAUGAUUCUACAAAAGGUCUGUACACACUCCGGUAAUAAAAUACCUUUAAAAACAUCA